CGUGCAUCCUCAUUGACAUUGCCUUGAGCUGGACCAACUACUUUCCCAUGGCAUUCGCUCGAGCUCGGCACGUUGCACAGGCUUUCCGGAGCAUUUGUCACGUGGCGUCCGCAGAGGAGCUGAAGCGGCUAUCGCCGCCGCAGGCCGCGCCGGUCUUGGUCUUCUUUACGGCUGCCUGGUGCCAGCCGUGCAGGUCUGUGCUUCCGCACUUGGAGGACAUCAGCGACAGAUUUGAGGGUCCGCAUCUUAAGCUGGCGCAGGUUGAUGUCAGCGACUCCCCCGAAGCGGCGCGGGAAUUUCGUGUCGAGGCGGUGCCCUACUUCCUGGUGCUGCGAGAUGGGCACGUGGUCGAGAGAUUGGCGGGAGACGGCCCAAAGGAGCUCGCCGAGGUGGCCGAGCGACAUGCCGCGGCCUUCGAGAAGCUACAGGAGGAGAGCCGAUGAGCCGGUGAACCCCUGGCCGGCCGUGAUAACGCACCGCCCCCCCGGGCCGAUUUUCGGAGCCAGCCGCUCGC